UUAAAAUCAGAGUUUGGAGGCCGAUUCUCGUUGAAAAGUGAAAAAACUCUCUCUGCAAUUCUCAAGCAAAUCAUGGCCGCCUUCUACUCUUUCCUCUACCUUUUUCUCUCCGCCGUCGCUCUCGCAGAUGAGGGAUGGGUUGGAGUGAACUACGGCCGAAUUGCCGACAACCUACCGCCGCCCCCCAAAGUUGUUGAGCUCCUAAAAGCCCAAGGAAUCGACCGGAUCAAACUCUUCGACGCCGACUCCACCGUCCUCGCCGCCCUCGCGAACUCCGGCAUAUCCGCCGUCGUCGCUCUCCCCAACGAGCUUCUCUCCUCCGCCGCCGCCGCCCAGUCCUUCACCGACCAAUGGGUCCAGACCAACAUAGCCCGUUUCUACCCGACCACCAAAAUCGAAGCCAUCGCCGUCGGCAACGAAGUCUUCGUGGACCCCAACCACUCCACGCAGUUCUUGGUCCCGGCCAUGAACAACCUCCACGCUUCCCUUGAGAAGUACAACCUCAGCGGCUCCAUCAAAAUCUCCUCUCCCAUCGCUCUCUCCGCUCUCGGAUCCUCCUACCCGACUUCUUCCGGCUCCUUCCAAGAGGACCUCAUCGAGCCCGUCAUCAAGCCCAUGCUCGAUUUCCUCCGCCGCACCCAAUCCUACCUCAUGGUUAACGUCUACCCCUUCUUCGCCUACAUGGAUAACUCCGAUAAGAUCUCCCUCGACUACGCUCUCCUUCGGGAUGGCCCCGGCGUUGUGGAUUCCGGCAACGGCUUGAGAUACUCGAGCCUUUUCGAGGCUCAAGUUGACGCGGUUUAUGCAGCCAUGUCGGCGCUUAAAUACGACGACGUUAAGCUGGUGGUUACAGAGACGGGAUGGCCGUCGAAGGGAGACACGAAGGAAGUGGGAGCAACUGAGGAGAAUGCGGCGUCGUAUAAUGGCAAUUUGGUGCAGAGAGUUCUGACUGGUGGUGGGACCCCGUUGAGACCCCAAGACUCACUCAAAGUCUUCUUGUUCGCACUCUUCAAUGAGAAUAAGAAAUCGGGUCCCACAUCUGAGAGGAAUUACGGCCUCUUCUAUCCCAAUGAACAGAGAGUGUAUGAUAUUCCACUCACGCGUGCCCACGUCCAAGGAGGACCUCAAACGUCGGUCAAUGGAAGCAAGGCCCAGGUGCCGUCCGGGGACUUGACACCGUCGUCCCGAGGUCAAACUUGGUGCGUGGCCAACAUAAAUGCUGGGGUAGAAAAGCUCCAAGCGGGGUUGGAUUAUGCGUGUGGGGAAGGAGGUGCUGAUUGUCGCUCCAUCCAACCGGGUUCAAUGUGUUACAAUUCUAACUCGCUCGAAGUCCAUGCUUCGUACGCUUUCAACAGUUAUUAUCAGAAGAACGCUCGUGCCCGUGGUACGUGCUAUUUCGGAGGAGCUGCUUACGUCGUUAGUCAACCUCCAAGUUAUGGAGAGUGCGUAUUCCCCACAGGUUAUUGAGUUUAGGCGGCUUAAGAAAUUGGUCGAAAACAACAUUUUGUUUUCAUACAGGGAUAUAGUUGACUUUUGAAUGUGUCUGUUUUUUUUUAAUUCUAAUAUAUUAUUUAUAUGUUCUUUUUUUCGAAAUAUAUUAUUUGUAGUGUAAUAGUGUAAUAUCUACUAAAAAAAGUUAUAUCCUUGGGGAUAUUGGUUCCA